UUCUUUUCCCCAUUACUUCACUCAAUUAUCAGAUCUCUCAUGUCCUCCUCCGGAUCCGAUCUUAGUGACUUCUAUGAUGAACCUCAUAAUGAGAUCAGGUCUACUCAAAAACAGAAUGGGGAGUAUCAGCUGAGCCAGCAACUCAAGUAUCCCCGGGCAACAAUAUUUACUGUCCAAGAUUUGUAUGAGAAAAUACAUAAUAAUGACAUUGAUCUAUCACCUAAAUACCAGAGAAAUGUUGUUUGGAACAAACAAAAACAGAUCAAUAUGAUUGAUUCAAUCUUGUCCAACUAUUACAUGCCACCAAUUCUUUUUUCGGCAUCCAUUGACGACAGGGAUGGCGCAGAGCACCGUACCUGCAUAGAUGGGAAGCAACGGCUUACCAGUAUUCACUUGUUCAUGGAUGGCUUGAUACCACAUAAGGAUUCUGUGACAGGUCAAAAAUACUGGUACAAGGAGAUCGAACCUACCAACGACGAACCGACAAAGACCAAGAAGCAAUUACUUCCAGAAACAUUACGCAAGAUGUUUGCUAAUAAGCACGUUGUCUGCACUGAAUAUAUAGGAUUGACUUCUUUAGAGGAGAGGGAUAUUUUCAGCCGGGUACAGCAAGGCAAGCCUUUGAAGAAUUCCGAAAAGUUGGGUGCCACCAGUACGAAUCGCACCAUAUUCAUUCGUAGUCUGCUUGAACGCUACGUUACCGCCGAGACGCUUUGCGCGAUUCCUUGGAAAACGUCGCGCGGUGUGGACAACUUAUGCUUCUCACAUGCUGUGUACUGCAUGGCGAAGUGGUCAAUUGAUCCAGAGGAAGUCAAGGAUCAUCGCUCACUAAAAGUUUUGGGAGAGUGGUUAGCAGGCUCUCAGGAAAUCGCUGAUGAUGUGAAAUCUCAAGUUCACGAAGCUUAUGAUAUAUUCGUCAGAUUGGCUACCUCACCAAAGUAUUCUGCGCCAUUUCACAAGCAAAAGAAGGUCUCUCCGGUGGAAAUGAUAUUCAUUCCACUCCUCAUCUUUGUACAUGGUGUCUUGCCGUCCAAGGAGCUGCGGUAUAAUCUACGCGAGCUCUGUGCGCACAUCGCUAGCAUGCGUCGUUCGAGAAGAAGAAGGCGACAAACAAUCGAAAACGGAACUUCGAAAAGGAGGAGGCUGAGGACGAUCAAGUAAUAGUGGCCACCACCUCCGCUCAUUGGAACUUGUCCAUUCCGGAGACACCAACAAUGUCGUCUUCGAAUUCUAACACGGC